CCAGUUGAACCGCGGUGUUUCUUCGAGCUUGAGCUGUUGCUGGCACGUCUUCCGCGAGCGUUGUCACGUGCGUUCUCGGAGAUUGUUUACUCUAGUUGCGUACUUGUUGGGAGCAACUCGGAUUUAUUGGAUUAUAACGAUUGUUUUCGACAAGAUAAGGACAUCAAGACAGUGGAGUUCGGUUUGUGUGAUUGUGGAAAACCAUGUGAUAUUCGUUCUACACUAGUGAACUUCAAAGUGAUACGAAUUCAUUAUGCCUCAACAAACAGUUUUGCGCCAUACACAUCUCUCUAAUGGACAUCUGACGAAUGGUCAUAUACCAAAUGGUCAUGCUGGUCACAAUGGACAAGCAGUCCAUAAUGGGCAUGUCAACCAUAACGGACAUGCCAACCACAAUGGUCACGCUGGUCACAAUGGGCAUGCUGGUCACAAUGGUCAUGCAUUCAGUAAUACCAACGGACAUAUUCAGCAGAAUGGCCAUACGCACUACAUACAGAACGGACAUGCCAAAAGCAAUGGUCAUAUAGGUCCAAAUAUCAACGGUAGGGCAUGGCUGAAUGGACAUGCAACUAAACCAGAAGACAAACAGUCAACAAUUUCGAGAUACUGUACUACAGAAAGACAGAGAAACAAUAGCUAUCAGGCCAUAAGAAGAAAUUGUCGGGAAAAAGGAAUAUUAUUCGAAGAUUCUGAUUUUCCAGCCUCGUCGAAGUCUUUGUACCAUCAUAAAAAGGUUUCUCUGCAACCUAUUAUCUGGAUGAGGCCUCACGAAAUUUGCCAAAGACCAAAAUUCAUCAGUGAGAACACUAACGAUACUCAAAGGUUUCAAGUGGAAGCUGGAGAGCUAGGAGACCAGUGGUUGUUAGCAGCCAUAGCCUCUUUAGCGCUUACACCAAAAUUCCUAGAGAGGGUUAUCCCUUUAGAUCAAGGCUUUGAGAACUCUCAUUCUUAUUGUGGAGUAUUCAGGUUUCGUUUUUGGCAUUUUGGAGAAUGGAGAGAAGUGAUAGUUGACGACAAGCUGCCAACACACAAAGGAAGACUGGUUUAUCUACACAGUACAAAUAGUAUAGAAUUUUGGGCAGCAUUACUCGAAAAAGCAUAUGCCAAGUAUUAUGGAAGUUAUGAAUGCCUAACUCAAGGAUCCACAACAAGAGUACUGCAGGAUUUGACAGGAGGUAUAGUACAAAGUUUCGGAUUGAACCACCAGGAUAGGUUUUUAACAUUUCAAGUCCUCAACAGUGCAGUUCCUAGGUCUAGUCUACUUAUAGCUACAAUUUCUCAGGAAAAAGAUAAUAAACGUCAGCUACGUCUGAGAAAUGGCUUGAUUACUCAGCAUGCUUACAAUGUAACCGGAUUGGCAAGGGUAAGGGGUGCAGCAGGUGAAACCCCUCUGGUGAGACUGAGAAACCCUUGGGCAAGAGGAGAGUGGACUGGAGCCUGGAGUGAGAGAUCUUGGGAAUGGGAUGGUCUCUCGAAUAGGGAUAAGGAGCUCUUAAGUGUCAGGGUAACCAACGAUGGGGAAUUCUGGAUGUCUUUUGAAGACUUCUCCAGGCAUUUCACUCAACUGGAUCUGGUACAUAUUGGACCAGAUGAUUGGAUCAUGGAAUCUGCACUACAUUCGAAACAACCGUGGAGAGCAGUUUUAGCUAGGAGAAGAUGGAGGACGGGUUAUAAUGCAGGUGGAGGACCCAAUUAUAUUGAGACUACAGCAAUGAAUCCCCAAUUCCAUGUGCAAAUACCUAGGACGUCUUCUAAUAAAUGUCAUGUGGUGGUAUCCAUCACGCAGUUCUAUGAGACCAAUGUGGUCGAUGUGAAGAAAAAGAAACCUCUCUUCGCUAUAGGAUUUGCUGUCUAUGAAGUUCCACAUUCCAUGCAGAGACUGACCCCCCAUUUCGUUGGAGAACAAAAACCUUUAGAUGUAACAAACCACUCGAUAGCUAGAGAAGUGGUCACCUUCUUCACCUUACCACCUGGAGAUUACAUAAUUGUACCUCAGACUAAUGUACCCAAUCAGGAUGGAAAAUUUCUUCUCAGAAUAUUCACAGAUGAACAGAGUAAUAUUUGGGAAGUAAACGAGGAUAACAUGUUAAUUCGAAAUAUUUCUACUGAAUUUUUGGAAGAGAAUACUUCUAUUACGCCCGAAGGAAAGUCUGUGCUGUCCAAAUUUUUAAUGAAAUAUCCACCAGAAAUCGAUGCUAGUCAAUUGCAAAAGAUCUUGAGGACACAUUGGAAGAAUUAUCUAUCCGAAAAGCCAAGCUUGGAGCUUUGCAAAGGUUUGAUAAUGCUGAGGGACUUCAAUAUAAGUGGAAGACUGAAUAUGCUAGAUGUACCUGUAUUACUGCAUAUGCUGCAAUUUUGGAGGCUGGCUUUCCAAAAAUUUGAGAGAAAUCAUAACAGUGGAAAGACUUCUAGCUACAACCUGAGAGCCUUGUUGUGGGAAGCCGGAUGUACAGUUAGCAAUAAGGUGUUAGAAUGUUUAGUACUACGUUUUGCGAAAAACAGAAUUCUUACGACAGAAAAUUACAUAAUGGCUUUAGUACGAUUACAUCUUGCACAUGAAAGAUAUCAUAACAUAGACACUAAAAUGAAAGGAAAUCCCCUCACUCUAGAAGAGCUCAUAUUGAUGACGAUAUACUCAUAAUGUGACCGCAUGGCUUAGAACACAAGAUCGUGGAAAACUGAUGGCCUGAUACUAACCCAAAUGGUUAUGUAAUUUUAAGCUACCAAAGAUUUAGUUUAUUGAUUAUUCACUAUUAAAUUAUACACUUCUAUUAUUUUCGCGGAAUCUGUAUAUAGCUGAUAAAUUUUAUUUAUUGAUUAUUUAAUUCAGAAUUAUGUGCAAUAUAUAAAUUUGUUUUUAGAUAAGACAUU